ACCCGAUACCCCAUACUCGCUAUUUAUCGUUCAUUCACGAACGCAAGCCAAAUCAAUUUGUCUUUAGUAUCCCAGUGUCACCUAUCAGUGGUUGGAAAAAUGUAUUAUCCGGUUGUUGGAGUUGCCCUCUUCUUGGCGACACUUAACAUCGCUGCCAGUAAUUCUGGAACUUCUGUAAACGAUAAAGAAGUUACCAAGGAGGAUGUAUCGAUACUCCAUCAGUCUACAACUUCGAUACCUGCAACCACGCCGAAAAGUUCUGUCACAACAGCAGUUCCAACGACACCAAAAGUGGCAAAUACAACAACAACGGAAACUACAGUGGUAAGCAUAGCUUCGACCACAGGGCGGACUACAGCACCGACAUCAGGGUCUACGACUACGAUGACAACAAAGGUUACGGAGGGGACUACAUCUACAAAUUCCAAUUCAAGUUCAACGACGAUCAAUCCCCAUACAUCACCAAAACCUACUAAACCUUCUUUAGGACCCACUACAAAAUCUUCAGUUAUAAAUUCAACAACGGUAUCACCUAAGGGCCGUCAUUUCGAUGGAAUAAGUUUUAUGGGUGGAAUAAUUUUAACAGCUUGCAUCGUCGGAUUAGGCGUAGGAUUCUACAAAUUUUACAAAAUCAAAAACGAGCAAAGCUACCAUACUCUCUGAGAUUACGCACUAAUUCAAACGAUAUAAAAGCCUUUGGGCUUUUAUGCGCAGUGUAUGUAAUAAUAAAAUUAAUCGAUUUAAUUAUAGUAACAUCGUAUUUUUUAUAAAGCGUAUAGCAUUGACGAAAUGCUGAAGUGCUCUUAGUAUUUUAAACCAAAACUGUAUUUGUACAAUGAUCGGAACAGUUUUUCAUAUGUUGUAAAUUAUAAUUUAAAGUAUGAGUUAAAGUAUUAAUAACAUUAAAAAGAGAACGUAAUGCCGAUAAUUUAUUAAUUUACUCGAAGAAUCUUGCACAUUAUUGACAAGAUUUGUUAUCAAGUAACAGUCCUUGAUGCAAAAAGCCUCCAUGGAUGCAGUGGGUCAGUCAAGUUGGAGGGCAUUUAUUAUUUUGUAGAAAUUAUAGCAUAUAAAUGUAUAAAAAUGUGUG